UAUGUAAACAAGAGACAAGUCGAAAAAGCAGGUAUUUUUAGCAUCAUAUUGUCCAUCUCCAUAACAGUUGGCAUAAAGAGAAAGCUUCUUUGUUGUGGUUUUUCUGUCGAUAAUAAAAUUAAGAGUUGUCAACUCAAAUGGAUAUAAUUUCGUUUCCAAACGAAGUGUUAUGUCAGAUAUUGCUGUACAAUAAUAUUGAAAUCUCAGAUUUGCAUCACCUAAUGCUUACAUGUCAUCGUUUCCACAACCUCAUACGAAAUUCUAAUGAAAUAUGGCGACAGAAGUUCAUGAUAAGGUGGCCAAGGUUACACAAUGAAUUAAGAAAUAAGGAAAAUGAAAUGCCAUGGUUGGACGUGGUAGCUCUACGACUAAAAGUGGUUAAAGAUGUAGAAAAAGCUCUUGAGAACUUCUCAGCUGUUUCUUAUCCAAUAGGCCAGCCACCUAUUAAAUUGAUGGAUAAGCUCAUUUUGGGAGACUCAUCUUUUGUUUUGUCAAGUCAGUUUGUUGAAGAUGAGCUUCUGAAACUCAUUUAUCAUCCCACGGAUAUGCAGAAGCAAAAUUUGACAUCCAAAUUCUAUGCCAACCAAGCACUUGGAUAUGUAAGGAGAUGUAGACUACAAACAAUGUGGCAAAAAUUCAAGGCAAAACCAGAAUCUGAAAUAUCCUUAUUGGAAGGAGCUAUGCUGAUUUCCCAAUGGGGUCAAAUAGACCAAGAACAUUUAACCAGUUUAAGAGAAGUUGAAACAAUUCUAGAAGAUAUUGCACAGAGAGUGAGACAGCUUGCUGACAUGAAGAGUAGUGCAAUAGAUGCGAAGACAGCCACAGAUGACCCAAGAACUGUUAGAAAAAUCUUGAAUUGCUUAAACCAAGUACUGUAUGAGGAAAAGGGUUUUCAGGGCAACAAGGAAGAUUACUACGCACACGAUAAUUCCUAUAUCGAUAAGGUUCUUCAAACAAAAAAAGGCAUACCCAUAACAUUAUGCAUCAUCUACCACGAAGUCGCAAAACGAUUAGGAAUCCAAUGCGAGCCCGUUUCGUUCCCUCAACAUUUCCUUCUUAGAUGGCGGGAACACCCUCAUCGUGAAUCUGCUGAUAGUUAUACUUUCAUCGAUGCCUUCAAUAACGGCGCAUCACAUCAGCCUCGUUCCUGUCCGGCUUUAAUUGGCCAACCACGUCCAAACAUUCACCGUGAAGCCUACGCAGCUGUUCCGGCCGAACAAGUUUUCCAGCGAAUGGUGAACAAUUUGAUCCAAUGCUCUAGAGUACACGAUGAUAGACCAGAUAGCCGACGUGACGACCAAAGAUUACGAAACCAAUUGCACUUCUCACGAUUGGCUUGCGUCAUUUCGCCUGGCCAAACUCCCUCUGUCGUUGCGUACGCUGAGUUAUGCGCCUUUCUUGGAGUUCAGCUUGAAGAAGCUAUCCAGCUCCUUCUGUCGGAUGAAUUUUCUGAUGAAUGGACUAGAGUGGAUUUCGAGCCUGGUCAUUGGGAGCGUGUCCGUCAAAUCACUUAUACUAAGUGUGCCAGGAAACUGAGUGAGCAACAAUCUCAAACAAAGAAUACAGCUGCCUGUCAUCGGCCAUCAUCGAUGAGAUACGCUGUCGGCCUCGUCAUGAAAUAUAGCGUUGGCGAAGAAUUAUUGCGCCGUUCGUACACUUGCGUUAUCGUGUCAUGGGACGCCAAAUGCCAAGCAUCUGAUGAGUGGAUAAGUCGAAUGACGCGGAAUUUAAUUCGUGGCCGAGAUCAGCCGUUUUAUUACGUUCUGACUGAGGAUGGCAACGCAGGAUAUGUGGCAGAAGAUCAUUUGGAGCUCCAUCCUGGCGGUGCUAUUAUCAAUCAUGCAGAUGUCGGCCUCCACUUUGAAUAUUUUGACGGUCGUCGAUAUAUCCCCAACAACGCGAAACGGGCUGAAUACCCAGAAGAUGAGGCAAUUGCACUUUCGUUGCUCGAACAAUAAUCCAACAUCUGGUGCGUUAUCCUUAUUGUUACAUUGGCUUUCAAGUUUUA